AUGUCGGCUGUCCAACGUGAGCAAAGGGCUUCUGGAUUUCACAAACAUGAUUACACUUCCUAUAGCAAAGGAGAAUCUAGCAUGCAUCAGACAGAUGCAACCGCGAGACCAGGAAGCUCGUCGGCUUCAGAGAAUCCGCACAUCGCAAAUACAUAUCCUCGAGAUUGGGGAUAUGACGGCAACAUUGAGGUUGUAAAACCGUACGCUAUUGAGGAGCCCGAGGACGAAGCGCCCAAGGUCAUUUCCCGACUCACUCUCUCAGAACCUCCAAGUGAAGCAGAAUUAUGGCAAGGGGAAUUGGUAGAGUCAAUGGAAGAUCUCCACUGCGACUCAGACCACAAUGGCAUCGCGUAUCACCCAAAUCACAGAAGAGGCAAGAAGAGAAAAUCACCUACUUUUGCACCAGGGAGUUCCGGUUCGGUUCGCCGGGAAACCUUCAAAGCAGCCUCUGAGAUGCAAGAUGAAGGGCCCAGCCUGAGCCCGAAAAGGCUUCAUCGACGAAGCAAGCGCUCAAGGAAAGAGCUGCGAGCUUCCUGGAGCAUUUUUUCGGAACGAGGCGUCGAUAGGGAGGCCGAAUCAUCUUCUAGCUUCAGUCCAAGUGCUAUGGUCAGAGAUGCUAGCGAAACAAGUCCGACCAACAACGCCGACGCAACGGAUGAGAUGGAUAUCGAAUGA